GGGCCACAGCCAGAGGCCCAGGGUUCCUGGUGGCCCCUCCUUCAGCCCCUCCACCUCAGCUCUGAAAUGGCCCUCAGAAGGGAAGGGGAACAGGCAAGGAAGGGAAGAGCUGAUCUUUCCAAAAAGAUCCCGGGGCAGAGUCCAGGGCGGCUCAAGUCUCCUCACACGCCUGCUGAACCCUGAGCGCCCUGAGCCGGGAUGGGGCAGGCGGAGGCUGCCGCCAUGAUCCCAGGCCUGGUCCUGCUCUGGACAGCAGUGCUGGGGGGUGCCUCCCCCAGCCCCCCACGCCUUCGGCUCUCCUUCCAAGAGCUCCAGGCACGGCAUGGUCUCCGGACCUUCAGGCUGGCAAAGACCUGCUGUUAUGAAGCUUUGCUAGUGGAUGAGGAGCGUGGACGCCUGUUUGUGGGUGCUGAGAACCACGUGGCCUCCCUCAGCCUGGACAACAUCAGCAAGCGGGCCAAGAAGCUGGCCUGGCCGGCCCCUGUGGAAUGGCGAGAGGAGUGCAACUGGGCGGGAAAGGACAUUGGUACUGAGUGCAUGAACUUCGUGAAGGUGCUGCAUGCCUACAACCGCACCCACCUGCUGGCCUGUGGCACAGGGGCCUUCCACCCAACCUGUGCAUUUGUGGAGGUGGGCCACCGGCUAGAGGAGCCCGUGCUCCGGCUGGACCUUCAAAAGCUAGAGGAUGGCAAGGGCAAGAGUCCUUAUGACCCCAGGCAUCAAGCAGCCUCCGUGCUGGUGGGGGAAGAGCUAUACUCGGGGGUGGCUGCAGACCUCAUGGGCCGGGACUUCACCAUCUUCCGCAGCCUGGGCCCGCGUCCGAGUCUCCGAACAGAACCACAUGAUUCCCGCUGGCUCAACGAGCCCAAGUUCGUCAAGGUCUUUUGGAUUCCUGAGAGUGAGAACCCAGAUGAUGACAAGAUCUACUUCUUCUUCCGUGAGUUGGCAGUGGAGGCUGCCCCGGCACUGGGACGCCUGUCCGUGUCCCGUGUUGGCCAGAUCUGCCGGAAUGAUGUGGGUGGGCAGCGCAGCCUGGUCAACAAGUGGACCACUUUCCUGAAGGCGCGGCUGGUGUGCUCCGUGCCAGGCGUGGCGGGCGACACGCACUUCGACCAGCUCCAGGAUGUGUUCCUGCUGUCCUCCAGGGACCGCUGGACCCCACUGCUCUACGCUAUCUUCUCCACUUCCAGUGGCAUCUUCCAGGGCUCCGCAGUGUGCGUGUACAGCAUGAAUGAUGUGCGCCGGGCCUUCCUUGGACCCUUUGCACACAAGGAGGGGCCCAUGCACCAGUGGGUGUCCUACCAGGGUCGUGUCCCCUACCCCCGGCCGGGCAUGUGUCCCAGCAAGACCUUUGGCACCUUCAGUUCCACCAAGGAUUUUCCUGAUGAUGUCAUCCAGUUUGCCCGGAACCACCCCCUCAUGUACAAUUCAGUUCUGCCUGUGGGGGGGCACCCUCUCUUCCUACAAGUGGGUGCCGGGUACACCUUCACCCAGAUCACUGCAGACCGCGUAGCAGCAGCUGACGGACACUACGACGUCCUCUUCAUUGGCACAGAUGCUGGCACCGUGCUGAAGGUGAUCUCCGUCCCCAAGAGCAGCCGGCCUAAUGCUGAGGGGCUGCUCCUGGAGGAGCUGCAGGUGUUUGAGGACUCUGCUGCUGUCACCAGCAUGCAAAUCUCUUCCAAGAGGCACCAGCUGUACGUAGCCUCACGGAGCGCAGUGGCCCAGAUCCCGUUGCAACGCUGCGCUGCCCACGGCCGCGCCUGCGCCGAAUGUUGCCUGGCGCGUGACCCCUACUGCGCUUGGGACGGGGCCGCGUGCACACGCUUCCAGCCCAGUGGCAAGAGGCGAUUCCGGAGGCAAGACAUAAAGAACGGCGACCCCAGAACGCUGUGCUCUGGGGACUCGUCACAUCCCGCAUUGCUGGAGCGGAAGGUGUUAGGUGUGGAGGGCGGCAGCGCCUUCCUGGAGUGUGAGCCUCGCUCGCUGCAGGCGCAUGUGGAGUGGACCUUCCAUCGCGCAGGGGAGACGGCCGGCGUCCCGGUGCCGGCGGAGGAGCGCACCGAGCGCACUACGCGGGGGCUGCUGUUGCGCGGCCUGCGACGCGGGGACUCAGGCGCGUACCUGUGUACAGCAGUGGAGCAGGGCUUUUCGCAGCCGCUGCGUCGCCUGGUGCUGCACGUACUGAGUGCUGCGCAGGCAGAAAGGCUGGCCCGGACCGAGGAGGCUGCGCCCGUAGUGCCCCCGGGCCCCAAGCUCUGGUACCGGGACUUCCUACAGCUGGUGGAGCCGGGUGGCGGUGGCGCAAGCUCCCUGCGAAUGUGUCGACCGCAGCCCGCCCCGCGCGCACAGCUUCCUGAGUCGCAGAGAAAGGGUCGCAACCGGCGGACACACGCCCCAGAGCCGCGCGCUGAGCGGGGGCCACGUAGCGCAGCGCACUGGUGACUCGGCAGUCCCCACGCCGGGGACUGGGGAGAUGAGACGACUGGCGGGAGAGGGGCGGACAGACCCUGGGAAAAGACAGCUAGGGAGCGGGCACACAGCGGCCCCCGGCCAACCGAGACACCGCCGGCCAGGCUCGGGCCGUGGGGCAGACGCGCCAGCUUAUUUAUUAACAGUGGAUAACCCUUGAAUGUAGCCCGGGGAGGGGCAGCUCAGGCCGGGCACAGGGUCCGGCUGGUCGGGAGAAGGCAAAGAAUCAGGGCUCCAGAGCAACGACCUGGACGGGAGAGGUGCCAGGAGUCCCCACCCUGGGAGAAGGACCGCCUCCUCGGGCAAUGAGCAGAAAGCUGUGAACGGGCUGGGCUGGGGGGGCGGGGGGGCAGGCCGACUGUACUAAUGCAAUAAACUCAUUAUCAGCUGAAGCUGGAACGGCCCCGGCGGACAGCC